UGCAAGAAGUAUCUGAGCACACAGUCUCCAGUAUGAGUCUCCACAGGCACUGCCAAAUCAUCUAUGCGGUUGUGCUGCUGAUACUCGCACUAGUCGGGAUUCUGCUGGUGGUCAUUCCAGCUAAAGAGAUGGAGACACCACCUGAGAACAUGUAUGGAAUUGUUCUGGACGCCGGUUCAUCCCACACCUCCAUGUACAUCUACAAAUGGCCGGCCGACAAGCAAAAUGGCACUGGUAUUGUUACCCAGCACAGCAAGUGUCAUGGAGAAGGUGGAGGGAUAUCCAGUUAUGCAGGUGCUCCUGGUGAUGCAGCACGAAGUCUGGAGGCCUGUCUGGAACAAGCUGUGAAGGAUAUCCCCAAAUCCAGGCACCAUCAAACUCCACUCUAUCUGGGAGCUACUGCAGGCAUGAGACUCCUGAACGAAGUCAAUGCAACAGAGUCUCAGCGGGUGCUGAAGGAAGUGGAAAACAAGCUGCGGUCUUACCCUUUCGACUUCAAAGAGGCGAGCGUGCUGAAUGGAAAGGAGGAGGGGGCUUACGGUUGGGCCACAGUCAACUACUUACUUGAGAACUUUGUCAAGUAUGGUUUUGUCGGGCGUUGGCUGAAUCCAGGCAGAGAGACAACUGGAGCUUUGGAUUUAGGCGGAGCUUCCACACAGAUCACUUUUGAGACCUCGGAAGAGGUGGAGGACAAAGACAAUGUGAUGGAGCUGAAGCUUUAUGGACGAACCUACAGACUAUACACCCAGAGAUUCCUGUGCUACGGCCAAGUGCAGAUCCUGCAGAGGCUGCUGGCUCAUCUUAUCACGACUCAAGGUGUGAAACCUGUGGUGUUACAUCCCUGCUAUCCACGACAGUACAACACAUACAUCAAGCUGGGAGAGGAUGUCUUUGAUUCUCCGUGCACUAAGCGCUACAGACCAGCCCAGUUCGACCCCCAGAUGUCUGUAUCAGUGGUGGGCACAGGAGAUUAUCAGAGCUGCCGGGACAACGUAAAAUUGUUGUUCUCCUUCGACAACUGUUCUUACUCCAAGUGCUCCUUUGAUGGAGUCUUUCAGCCCACCCUGAGAGGAAGAUUCAUGGCAUUCUCUGCCUUCUUCUACACACUUAGCCAAAUGAACCAACUCACCGACAUCUCCAUCACAUCCCCCAGCCGAAUGGAGGAGGCAAUCGUACGAAUCUGCAACAUGACCUUCUCUGAGUUGACUGAAAAUCCAAACCUGAAGGAGAAAUUCAUAAAGCAUUCCUGCGCCAUGUCCAAUUACAUCCGCGUCCUCUUACUGCAGGGCUACGGUUUCAAUGAGCGCUCCUUUUCUUCCAUCUCUUUUCAGAUAAAGGCAGGAGGAGCAUCUGUAGGCUGGGCUUUAGGGUACAUGCUGAAUCUGAGCAAUAUGGUACCAGAACAGAGACUUGGACUGAUGAAGGCUCUGCCCAUAGAGCCCUGGAGGGGGAUUCUCUUCCUCUUCAUCGCCAUCCUCCUUAUUGUGCUGGGAUACCUACUGAUGAUGAUCUACAGGAACUCAAAAACUAAAGAGGGCAUGGUGUAAGAGCAACGGUGACCCACCUCUCAGUCCAAUUCAUAUUCCUCUGAAAGCAGAUAUAUUCUUUACUGUCCUUUUCCAAGGAAAUUUGUCUGAGCACAGUUUGCACAGAGCCUCACAUAAACAGGAAUACACACACCAUAACUACAUGAAAGACAUCAGAUACAUCUACAUUAAUACAAAUACACACAUAGCACCUACACACAUGACAGUUAUCUGCGUGAAGAAUGGGUUGA